AUGUUAUUGGAUGCUUCUGCAGGUGGUUCUAUGAUGAUGAAGGAUUCUGAGGAAGCAAUCACUAUUAUUGAUGCUUUGGCAGCCAGUGAUUACCAAGCUCACCAUGAUAGGAGUCAGCCCACAAAAAGGGGAAUUCUAGAACUGGAUACUCAAAAUGCAAUUCUAGCUCAGAAUAAGCUUCUUUCUCAGCAGAUGGAAGAGUUAAAGAAACAGAUGUCCAAGCUUCAAGUAGGAUCAUCUUCACACUCUCAGCAGGUAAUGAGAUGUGAUUUUUGUGCAGGUGAUCAUUCAAAUGGACAUUGCACCAUCUCUAAACCAGAUCAGGAGGAGGAAGUGAAUUACAUGAACAAUCCAAGAAGGCAAGGGAAUUUCUCUGGCAAUUAUAAUCAGAAUCAAGGCUGGAGGAAUAAUCAAAAUCAGUAUUCUGGGUGGAAGCAAGAAGCAGGGCCAUCACAAAGGCAACCUCCACAGAAACCAUAUCAAAAUCAGUUUUCUUAUCAGCCAGAUAGGUUAUCAAAAAUGGAGGACGGUCUUACACAGUUUAUGCAGGUUUCCACAACCAAUCAGAAAAAUAUCGAAGCCUCUAUCAGAAAUCUGGAAGUACAAAUAGGGCAGUUAGCUAAGCAAUUGGCAAAUCAGCAAAGCAACAAUUUCUCAGCCAAUACACAGGUCAAUCCUAAAGAGCACUUUCAGUCAAUUACAACCAAGAGAGGCACUAUGAUAGGAAAGGGAAUUGGUGAUAAUUUGAGAGAAAAUAAUGAUGGAGUGGAUGAAGAAAAGAGUGAAGUUGAGUUGGAAAGUGAGAAAGAGGUGGAGUUGAAUAAAGAGGUAGAAAAAAAUGAGAAAAAUAAAAAAGAGAGUGAGAAAAAUGAGAAUAGAGAUGGAGAUGUGAAGGAGGAGAGUAAGAAGAAGGGGAAAGAAGUUGUUAGGCCUCCCCCUAUGAAGAAUUUACCGUAUCCACAUGCUCCAUCAAAGAAAGACAAGGAACGCCAGUUUGCAAGGUUCUUUGAUAUAAUCAAGAGGUUACAGAUCAACAUACCCUUUACAGAGGCUUUAGAACAGAUGCCAUCUUAUGCAAGAUUUAUGAAGGAGCAUCUGACAAAGAAGAGAAAAUUGAGCGAGGAUGGAACAGUGGAAUUUGAGGCAGGUUGCAAUGCUAUAAUUCAGAAGUCACUUCCACAAAAAUCUAGAGACCCAGAGAGUUUCACUUUGCUAGUUACCAUUGGCAAUCUUUCUGUGGGGAAGGCAUUGUUGGACUUAGGGGCUAGUAUCAAUCUUAUGUCUUUAUCUAUGUUACAGAGGAUAGGUGAGGUGGAGGUGAGACCUACCACGAUGACUCUGCAGCUGGCUAAUAGAUCUAUAAAGUAUCCUCAUGGCAUUGUUGAAGACCUCUUGGUUAAAGUUGAUAAAUUUUGGUUCCCAGUUGAUUUUGUUGUCAUGGACAUGGAGGAGGAUUCUGAAGUUCCUCUCAUUUUGGGACAGCCAUUCAUGAAGACGGCCAAGGUCAUCAUUGAUGUUGAUGAUUUGAAAACUCAAGGUUAG